ACUGCAUCGAAGGAGGGAAAGGAGUGCCUUCCACUGUUUUCUCUACAUCCCUACUCUUCAUUUCUUUGUUUUCCGUCUUUUCGCGCCAAUUUGUCGCCUCCCAGUAUGACUCAAUCGACGUGGCACUCCGGUCUCGUGAAAAAUUCCACCAACGACUGGAACAGCGUAGGUUUCCCAUCUGGUGCUUGAGCAGCGCCGUGGACGCCACCUCUGUUUUGUUGAGCAUGCCGAGUUUCUCUCGUAAAACGUUCGUGGGCUUUCGGGGGAAGAGGCUCCAGCAGAGAGUCCAGAGGCUGGCAAAUGCGGUGGAGUCGAGCUCUUCAAAGUAGUCGAGUUUUCUCUUUUCGUCUUAUCGUUCCUUUCCAGUACCGCUCUCUCUUCCCCCACCUCCCUUUCUGUCUCUAUCUCUUCUCUUUCUCGGAGAGCAUCCCCUCGCGUCGUCGACUCCAUUCGAUCUCAAGCUUUGCACGGAGCUCGGUUUUAUGAAAACUGUGGCCACGCGAGCCGAGACCAAGGUCCUGUGUAAAUCCGUCCACAGAAGUCCAAAGAGCUUGCACUGCUUGUCUCUCUAAAGAGGGCUUUUGGAAACUCAGCGACGCCCUCGGUUAUCUAUUGUAUAACUCUUUUAGCAGGCGCCAUGGCGACGAAAGAUUUCUGCACCGUUCUCUCAGACUACCGGCGCGAGCUCAGUAGUGUACGCACGCUGUUAGAGUCGUUGAGGGCAGUUAGAACAGCCGAAGGUGGUGUCGAAGAACAGAUUUUCGACACGUUCACAGCUCUGGAAGUCGCCCAGUUUCACUUGGCUGUCGCCUUUGCCUCUUCUUCUCUGUUUUUUACGUACCUAAAAACUCAAGGCUACGACGUCAAAGCCCACCCGGUGUCUCAAGAUCUGCUCCGAGUGCAACAGUACAUGAAAAAGGUGGCGGGCAUCAUCGAGAAAGGAGAUCCACCUAAGCGAAGCAUCGUUGUCGACGCUGCUGCAGCGAAGCGCGUCGUCGCUUUCCACACGAAAACGCAAACGCAGGGCACGGGAUGCGGGUCUGCGGGUGAAACUCAAGAACCGCCGGAUUUUGGUUCACCAGAAGAACGUGCAGCCUCAGAGAAAAAGAGCCGACUUUCUUCGGAUUCGCCCGGAAAAGACGUGGCGGGCCCACCGACCAGCCGACAGGCUUCGGGCAACAAAAGUGGCUCACGCCCUCCAGGUGUACAUACGCUCGAGGUCGCUGGAGAAAAUGUGUCAACUUUUUGUCAGGAUGAGGCAGCACCAAAUUCGUCAUCAUCACAGUUGAGGUACUCGACCGACGGGCGGCACGCAGACGCUGAGAGGGAGAGAGGGUUAGAAGGAAAACGUUUGAAAAGGAGCAAAGCACAAUCGGAGAGGAAAGGGAAUUCGAAAAUAGAGGGGUGCCAGGGAGACGCACGGGCGAAACGGAAGAAACCUUGACCGCCGACAAAAGAAGAGUCGGAGGUGUGGAAAUCGUUUUUUCUUACUGGAUAUCGUACGAAAUCCGCGGGUUGCCGCCUGUGCUUAACUCUUAAGUAUCCUUGGUUCUGUUAACUUCCUUUGUACAUGCGUCGUGAAGGAGUCCUGUGCAGCAGGUAAAAACUAUCUUAUACAUUGGUUUAUCGUCUGUACAGCUGUUAUGUCAGUAUUUACCGACUUCUGUAAACUUGGCAGACCGGCACAUGUGAGUGAAGGCACCGUGGGAUGGCAGUCAAGUCGACCAGGCCAGUGCGGCUGGAGGUGCUAAACCCGCGAUACUCGCCGAGAGUCUUUCUGAUUUAGAAUGCAAAAAACACAUCUCAGCGUUAACAGCGUCGAGAAUGGUAUGAGGGACCAAAUAAAUCCAAACACACUC